AUGGAUACAACAGAUAACAUGUUGUUCGAACUAAUUGAUAUGGAUUCAACAGUUAAUAUAUCUUUUGAGUUGACUGAAAUCAUUAAAACCAGUAAUAUGUCUUUCGAAUUAACUGAAGCAAAUACAAAUGAAAUACUUUUUGAAUCAAAUAUAUUAGAAACUGGUAAUGUGACAACUGAGGCAGUUUUACAAAGUUCAGAAACAGCAAGAGAGCGUUGCAACCGCUUAGCUAGAGAACAUUAUGCUCAAAAAAUGGUGCAAACAACUAUGACUUUAGCAGAUGAAAAUAUGGAAAGUGCACGUAAAUGUAAAAACCGGCUUGCUAAAGAAUCUUACGCAUGUCGUAAUAUUACUCUUACUACCCAACAAACUGAACACUUUGUAUUAACCGAAAUAGAUACAAAUGAAAUAUAUUUUGAAUCAAAUGAAUUAAGGACUGCUAAAGAGACAGCUGAGGGUGGCAUACAAAAUUCUAAAGCAGCAAGAGAGCGUCACAAUCGAUUGGCCAGAGAAUAUUAUGCACGUAAAAUGGCUCAAGAAAAGAUAUGUCCAGAGGAUGAAAAUAGUAAAAGUGCACGUGAACAAGUUGAAACAACUGAACUUGCAGAAGAACGAAGAUCAAAAUGCAGAAAAACUAAUCAUCGUGCUUCGAGUGCAGUUCGUCUGAUUCAAUAUGAUAGCAGUACUGUUUCUUUGCAUAAUCUUGGUUCACUGAAUGUUGAGUGUAGACAAUGUCAUGCUUUGCACUGGAUGAACAAAAAGAUUGCUGGAACA